AAUGUGCAUCGAUCAACAGUUUUAUAUUGGUGUGAAAACUGGAGGAGAGUGUAGACAACAGGAAACCGUUCAGUCAUGAGCCUGAGUGCAGCCAAACAUCCAGCAGAUGAAUGUGUGAAAAAAAAAAAAAAGAGCAAUACAUCCUUGUAGUGGGUGAGGAUUUAAAUAAACUGUGUGAUCAUACUUGCGUCAACAUAACACAGUGUGUGGGUUGAGUGCAGCAAAUAUAAUGUCCACUUUCAAAACUGCACUCAGGCUCAUGACCAGACCAGAGUCACACUGAGUUUGUGUGUGUGUGUGUGUGCGCAUUACAUCAUGCCAUCCAUAUGAUUUUGUGUCAUGUAUGGUUUACGGUUUCUUAUUUCCCUCGUGGGAACUUAUGGUUGGCGAACCGCAACAUGACAGUGACUGUUCAGAGAAGUUCCUCUUUUAAUCCUCACCGUCCUCCAGAACACUUCCCAGUCCUGUUUCUGCUCAAGCUCAUAUUUUCACGGGCAGAAUGAAGUUCAGAUCAGAGAAUCUUAUUACGCCUCUCAGGAACAGAACAGGAUCUUACAGACAUGCUGUUAAAUCUGUCCUGCUUCAUCUCUGGGAUGUUUACUCUGCACCAACACCUGCUGGCAGAGACAUCCUGACUCUGAUGUCUCUCUGUUUCACCCUCGCCAUCAUCACAGGCGGCCUGCUUUAUCACUGGCUGUCGAAGACUCUGAAAUACAACCACGAGGCGUCCGUCCAGACCGCCUGCAUCUACAGCGUGGCCAUGUUUCUGGUGUCGUUCCUGUGUCACCCUCUGCGCUGUGUGCUGACUAUGAUUCUUCCCACCGUCUGCACCAAGCAGGGCCGUAAGCUCCUCAUCUCGACCUCGGUCAUGAUUUUGCUUCUGAACGUCGUCCCGAAUAUCGCGGUGAACGUCGAGUCGGUCGCACGCAUCCUGAAGUGCACCGCUGAGGGCUUCACCAAGACUCUGCUGAACUCGUCUGAACCUUUGAAUAAAGCCAAGACAGACCUUUUUGAGGAAGCCAUGAAGCUGAAAAGGGACGACUUGAGCAUUGUCAACAACUUGAGGAACUUAAGUCAUUUCACACAUGUUGAUGUGUCAGAAGUCAGAAGCAGGUUCUCUAAGAUGAUUGGGCAGAUAGAGGGCCACUUCUCACGCGCCAGGAACCUGCUCAAGGACUACAAACUGCUGUCGAACCGGAUCCUUGCUGCCGUUUUUGUCGCUCUGCUGAUCUUCGAGUCCGCCCGCUACUUGAAAUCUUUUCUGACAUCAGUUCAGUUUGAUAACAGCUACAUCUCCAAAGAGCUCCAGCAGAAAGCGACUCAAGCUGGCAACAAAAGUGCAGCUAAAAAUAAAAGUUAUCAAAGAAGCUGCAGAAUAACAAGCGACGAGUGUACCUCCUGCUUCAUCGCGCUCGUUGUGGUGACAUUGUAUUUCAUUGCCAUCACAUUGAUAGUAGCUUUGGAUCAUGUUGUGUAUCAUGUAGUUCAGCUGAUUGUACCCUGGCUACUGGAUUUUCCACCGACAUCUGCCAGCAUAAGCAUCAAUUAUAAGGUUCAGGGGUUCCUCUCUGCUUCUUGUAUCAUCCCACGCUUCUGCGUCACACACGAGCUCAUGAACUUCCACAGAGAUUACAAGUGGACCUUCAACCCCGAGCCGUCCCUCUGUGAUGCGACAACUUCAGCUCCGAACCCGGGAGUCACACUCCUGCUGGGAUGCCUCUGGCUGAUGAGCUACUCUCUGGUGUUCCUGGAGGUUUACGCCAGACGGCUGCGCAGGAGAAUCUCUGCAUCCUUUUUCAGAGCGCAGGAGAAGAGGAGGACGGCCUACCUGAUGAGGAAAAUACAAGCGAAAAUGAAUGAAAAAGAGCAGAAGGAGAUUAUCUCAGUCGAGGUUACCGACGGCUGA